UCUGUUUUUCCGGAUUCCAAGACUUUUGCUCACCUGAAAUGCCCAUACAAGCAGGACUCCCAACUCUAUAAAUAGCAUACCAAUUAUCCAACUCUACCCACAACUUCAAGUCCAACAAAAAAAAAAACAAUAUUCUUUGUUUCUUUCUUGUUAAACCCCAAAUUAAUCUUUCUUGUUUUUAACUAUUACCAUUAUGGCAAAAGCUGGAGGUGAAGUCACCACUCUUAACCAUGAGUUCACUUCACCAGUUCCUCCUGCAAGGUUGUUCAAGGCUUUGUGCCUUGACCCCCAAAACCUCCUCCCUAAGAUUGUGCCUCAAUCUAUCAAAAGCAUUGAUGUUGUUUCAGGAAAUGGAGGUCCUGGCACUGUUAAACAAACCAACUUCGCUGAAGGGAGUCGUUUCAAAUACAUGAAGCACAAAAUUGAUAGCCUUGACGAAAACAACAACGAAAUCAAGUACACUGUAUUUGAGGGUGAUAUGUUGGGCAAGAAUAUCGAGUCCAUUUGUUAUGAGAUUAAGUUUGAGCCCUCUGGUUCAGGAUGCGUUUGCAAGACCACAACUCAUUAUAAGGUGGCAAAGGAUGGUGCCGAGCUUAAAGAAGAGGAGAUCAAGGCUGGAAAAGAAAGGGCUUCGGAGAUGUACAAGGUUGUCGAAAAUCACCUCGUCGCCAACCCUACUGUCUAUGCCUAAAAAGUCUAUUUAUCUCGUCUCGAUGAUGUGGGACAAUUCUCCAUCAUAAAUUUUGUCUCACUUUUUGUUUUAUUUCUUUUUUCCAUUGGCAUUAUUGCCACGAUUUGCUAAUAAACACGUUAUAAUUUAUUAAA